AUGCCCGGCUUCACGUGCUGCGUCCCGGGCUGCUAUAGUAACUCGCACCGGGACAAAGGCCUGCACUUCUACACGUUCCCGAAGGAUGUGGAGCUCCGGCGGCAGUGGCUGAAGAAUGUGUCGAGGGCCGGUGUGACGGGCUGCUUCAACACCUUCCAGCCCACCAACGGGCACCGGGUGUGCAGCCUGCACUUCCAGGGAGGCCGCAAGUCGUACAGCAUCAAGAUCCCCACCAUCUUCCCCCUGCGGGGAGUCAACGAGAGGAAGGUCCGCAGGAACAACGCGGGGGACCGGGGCAAGAAGAGGCAGCAGCCGCAGCCCCACUACUCGUCCGCCGCCACCACCGUGCUGGUGACAGGACUGCCCGGCCAGGAGGAGCAGGAGGUGCUGGAGCUGACAGCCGGCAAUGCCGAGAUGGUCUUACUGGGAGCCACGGCCGGCAUGGGGGCCACCAUGGCCGGAGUCAGCGCUUCGGCAGCCGUGAUGGGCAGUGCCAUGGAAGCCAUGGGAGCAGCGGCUGGAGGGGGACCGGUGGCUGCCGAACCGAACCCAGGGAACCUCACGGUCAAGCUGGAUGCAGGAGGAGGACUAGCCAGCCACUUCUCGUCUCCAGGUAGCCACGGGACACACCAGGGCAUCCAGGUGGUGGUGGUGGGCGAGGAGACCUACCCCAUCCCAGACUGCUGCCCCUCUCCUCUAUUCACGGACCAUUCUUACUCCAUGUCUUCCGGCACCACUACCGAGGAGCUGCUGAGGAAGCUCAACGAGCAGAGGGACAUCAUAGCCCUGAUGGAGGUGAAGAUGAAGGAGAUGAAGUCCAGCAUCAGGCACCUGAGGAUCACCGAGGUGAAGCUGAGGGAGGAAAUUCGCCAGAAGGACAAAGUGCUGUCAAUGGCAGGGGCAAAGAAAAAAGAAGGGCAUUUAUAG